AUGAGACUGACAAGAAAGAGAGGAGUCAAACAUAACACCAAGAUUUUUGAUGAUACAAGAUGGUGUGAUGAGAGUACCAGUGAUAUUGCAGUGUAUCUCACGGCGCGUGUCUCUUCUGUUCUCAGUCUAGCGCUGCAUCCGGAUAAGAUCCAGGUGGCCACAGGUCAGGUUGGGAAGGAUCCGUAUAUCUGCGUGUGGGACUCGUACGCGCUGACCACCGUGUCCAUCCUCAGAGACGUUCACACGCACGGUGUGGCCUGUCUGGCUUUCGACGCCGAUGGCCAGCGUUUAGCGUCCGUGGGACUUGAUGCCAAAAACACGGUGUGCGUGUGGGACUGGAAAAAGGGGCGUGUCUUAGCCACCGCCACGGGACAUUCUGACAGGAUCUUUGAUAUUUCCUGGGACCCGUUUGUGCCGCACAGACUGGUGAGCUGCGGAGUCAAGCACAUUAAAUUUUGGACAUUAUGUGGAAAUGCAUUGACACCAAAACGAGGGAUCUUUGGAAAGACGGGGGACCUGCAAACCAUCCUCUGCUUGGCGACGGCGAAAGAUGAAGUGACGUAUUCUGGAGCUCUAAAUGGAGACAUUUACGUGUGGAAGGGGCUCAACCUGACGAGAACGAUACAGGCGGCGCAUGGAGCAGGGAUCUUCAGCAUGCAUUCAUGUGAAGAAGGCUUCGCCACCGGUGGGCGGGACGGAUGUGUGAGGCUGUGGGACGUGGAUUUCAAACCCAUCACCAAGAUUGACCUCCGGGAGGCAGAACAGGGUUAUAAAGGUAAAGCAUUACAGCGGGCCUUUUUCUUGCCCUUUUGA